GUGUGUGCUCUUGGUUUUUAUUUUUUUGAAGAAAAAUCUUGAAAAUCUGGGGCAGGUUACGGUGCUCGUAGGGUGGUGAUUCUUCUUUUGAAAGAGUAGCUGACCAGACCAAUCUACUAGAGACAUUUUUCGGCGAGUAAAGAUUAUUUUCCUUCCAGGAGAGGGAUUUUUUCCCCCCCGGCUUUGCAGCCAAGUGAAAGAGAUUAGCCCCUAAACCUGUGAAAUCGACCAGAGCCGUGUGAGAGAGAAUACGGGAAGAAAAGGAGAUAUAAAUUAAAUAGCCUGUCAGUGCCUUUGGCCACGUUGGAAGAUGUCAUCUCAAACUAAGUUCAAGAAAGACAAAGAGAUCAUUGCUGAAUAUGAAGCCCAAAUAAAAGAGAUCCGCACGCAGCUGGUGGAGCAGUUCAAAUGCUUGGAGCAGCAGUCGGAGUCUAGGCUGCAGCUGCUACAGGACCUCCAGGAGUUUUUCCGCCGGAAAGCUGAGAUCGAGCUUGAGUACUCCCGCAGCCUGGAGAAGCUGGCUGAGCGCUUCUCCUCCAAGAUCCGCAGCUCCCGGGAGCACCAGUUUAAGAAGGACCAGUACCUCCUCUCACCCGUGAACUGCUGGUAUCUGGUCCUGCAUCAGACCAGGCGGGAGAGCCGAGACCAUGCCACCCUCAAUGACAUCUUCAUGAACAACGUCAUCGUCCGCCUCUCACAGAUCAGUGAGGAUGUCAUCAGACUCUUCAAAAAGAGCAAGGAGAUUGGCCUGCAGAUGCACGAGGAGCUCCUGAAGGUCACCAACGAGCUCUACACAGUCAUGAAAACCUACCACAUGUACCACGCGGAGAGCAUCAGUGCGGAGAGCAAGCUGAAGGAGGCUGAGAAGCAGGAGGAGAAGCAGUUCAACAAGGCGGGAGAGCUCAGCAUGAACCUGCUCCGGCACGAUGACCGGCCCCAGCGCCGCAGCUCUGUGAAGAAGAUUGAGAAGAUGAAGGAGAAGAGGCAGGCAAAGUAUUCUGAGAACAAGCUGAAGUGCACGAAGGCCCGGAAUGACUAUCUGCUGAAUCUGGCUGCCACCAAUGCAGCUAUAAGCAAAUACUACAUCCACGAUGUCUCCGACCUGAUCGAUUGCUGUGAUUUGGGCUUUCAUGCCAGCCUGGCCCGUACCUUCCGGACCUACCUCUCAGCCGAGUACAACCUGGAGACCUCUCGCCACGAGGGGCUGGAUGUUAUUGAGAAUGCGGUGGACAACCUGGAUUCCAGAAGUGACAAGCACACGGUCAUGGACAUGUACAACCAGGUCUUCUGUCCUCCACUCAAGUUUGAGUUCCAGCCACACAUGGGGGAUGAGGUGUGCCAGGUCAGUGCACAGCAGCCCGUCCAGACAGAAUUACUCAUGCGGUACCACCAGCUGCAGUCCAGACUGGCCACUCUCAAGAUAGAGAAUGAGGAGGUGAGAAAAACCCUGGAUGCCACCAUGCAGACCUUACAGGACAUGCUGACCGUGGAGGACUUUGAUGUCUCUGACGCCUUCCAACACAGUCGGUCCACAGAGUCUGUAAAGUCGGCUGCCUCUGAGACCUACAUGAGCAAGAUCAACAUCGCCAAAAGGAGAGCCAACCAGCAGGAGACAGAAAUGUUUUAUUUUACAAAAUUUAAAGAAUAUGUGAAUGGCAGUAACCUCAUCACUAAGCUGCAGGCCAAGCACGACUUACUCAAGCAGACCCUGGGUGAAGGGGAAAGAGCAGACUGUGGCACAACCAGCAGAAGAGAUGGAAGGCUUAGGCUGCCCCACUUUCCUUGGCUGAGCUGCCCCCCUGCUCCCCACUUUGUGCCCCACCCAGCAUUUCAAGGAAGAAGAAAUGCUCGAACCAGGAACCAGGAUUCGGGACAAGCUAUCCCGCUGGUAGUUGAGAGCUGCAUCCGAUACAUCAAUUUAUACGGACUCCAGCAGCAAGGGAUCUUCCGAGUGCCAGGAUCUCAGGUUGAAGUCAAUGACAUCAAAAAUUCCUUUGAGAGAGGUGAAGACCCCCUUGUGGAUGAUCAAAAUGAACGAGAUAUCAAUUCCGUCGCUGGUGUUCUAAAACUGUAUUUCCGAGGACUGGAAAACCCUCUCUUUCCUAAGGAAAGGUUUCAAGAUUUGAUAUCUACUAUUAAACUGGAGAGCCCAGCUGAGAGGGUGCACCAGAUCCAACAAAUCCUCAUCACCCUUCCCCGCGUGGUCAUCGUGGUCAUGAGAUAUCUCUUCGCUUUCCUCAACCACCUCUCGCAGUACAGUGACGAGAACAUGAUGGAUCCCUACAACCUGGCCAUCUGCUUCGGGCCCACCCUCAUGCACAUUCCUGAUGGGCAGGACCCUGUGUCCUGCCAGGCACACGUCAACGAAGUCAUCAAAACCAUCAUCAUCCAUCAUGAAGCCAUCUUUCCCAGCCCCCGGGAGCUAGAAGGACCCGUGUAUGAAAAAUGCAUGGCUGGAGGGGAAGAGUAUUGUGAUAGCCCACACAGUGAGCCAGGGACCAUUGAUGAAGUUGACCAUGACAAUGGCACUGAACCUCACACCAGUGAUGAAGAAGUGGAACAGAUUGAGGCCAUCGCCAAGUUUGACUACGUGGGGCGGUCCCCACGUGAGCUGUCCUUCAAGAAAGGGGCCUCGCUGCUAUUGUACCACCGUGCCUCGGAGGACUGGUGGGAAGGUCGUCACAAUGGCGUGGAUGGACUCAUCCCACAUCAGUACAUAGUCGUACAGGACAUGGAUGAUGCCUUCUCCGACAGCCUAAGCCAGAAGGCGGACAGUGAGGCCAGCAGUGGGCCACUGCUGGACGACAAGGCCUCCUCCAAAAACGACCUGCAGUCCCCCACGGACCACAUCUCGGAUUACGGCUUUGGGGGGGUGAUGGGCCGGACAUAGAGAAGACCAUGAGCACGGCUCUGCACGAGUUGCGGGAACUCGAGAGGCAGAACACGGUCAAGCAGGCGCCAGACGUGGUG